AGCAGGAUUUUUCGGCAUUGUAUAGUAGAUUAGUAUCGCUGGCGGCAGAAUAUCGACUUCUUUCGCCAUUUUCACGAGACUUUAUUGUUCGACCUCGCCUAGUUAGUCAAACCCACUGAGUAUCUCAUCAAAAUUACGUCAAAUGCUAUGCCGAUUGCCGUGAAAUCUACUAUCGUCUAUUUACUACCGUUAUGGUAUCAACGAAAAACAUGCUAAUCAACUAAUAUCGGACUGGAACAAUAAAAUCGUAGAAAAUAGUGCUUCAAUAUCUAAGAGCUAGAACAUACACGAUUAUGUUAUUAGGAUGAAAAGGCUCAGCCGCGUAAAUGUAUGUACAAGAGGCGCCAAGUGUAAGUUUGUUUUUUAAGACAAAACAUCCGGCAAAGCAUUUUUUAUAUUUUACAUCGCUCACGAAUGAAUAAUUACGGAUUUUUAUACCGUCGCAACGUUAGUCAAUGAAACGGCUGGCGUCCAACUGUGCCUGGAUAGCUUUCUCGUCGCCUGAAUCACGGACGAACGAUUGCAUGGAAAUUGUUGUGUUCGCCAACGUAUCGAGUCCGUCAGGCGUGAGCUCGUGAGCUUCUUUACAAUUUUGAGCAAGCGACGCGCGUACGUGCAAUAUUGUCCAAUUGAGCCAUUGAGUGCAGAAUAAUUGAGCGAUAAAAAUUACUGCAUGCGCUGCGAAGAACUCCGAGCGUACGGAUCGUUCAGCAACGAUCCAUCAAGGUUAUAUCGAAAAGCGUAUCUGCGCUGCUCUGUUCUUUCCGUUCUCGAUGAUUCAAUUGGACGAACGGAAUAAAAUAUGAUCGUCGAAAAUAAGGUCGGCGAUAAAGCUCAGCCUGCUCGCGCGAGAGCCGAUCGCGCCGUGCAGAAUAAUAAAAUAUUUACUGGAUGGUUUUCCAGCGGUGUGCGAGCCGCGGACAGACGAUGGACCGCGCGUUGCUCCGUGCAAGAGCCAAGUAUUCCAGCGGCCCGAGUAAAGGAGCGCUCUGAGCGUGCAAGCGAUCUCAAGUCAGAGCGGCAGGGCAAAGGUCUGGCAGACUGGCACGCUGAGCAAUGGGAGCUUCAUCAGAGUGCAAAUAAAAAGGAAUGCGAGUCGUUCGAUUUACGAUACAGCGCCAAGUCUCUAAUCUUGGAGACGAAUAUCAAAACCGAAUGGAACAACCACAUGAACAAUCAUCGUCUAGCUGACAGAAUAGGGGAAAUUUCUCGCUGGCAUCGUAUCUUUGAAAUAUUACAAGAGCGUCUUCAGCAGGAAAUCCAUUUAUUGAUCGAAGAAAGAGCAGACACAGAAAAAGAGCUGGAACUUUUAGAUCAUCCCGAGCAAAUUACAAUCAGAUGUAUAGCCAAAAGAAAUAAUCGUAACUGUUCCGAGAUCACAUACGACGAGGGGGACAUCGAACUGAAAAAAGAACUUGAUCUUAUUGAACAAAUGAAAAAUAUUAUGAUCAAUGACAUAAAAACAGCAUCUGACAAGAUUAACCGUUUAGAAGAAAUAAAGUCUAAAGUAAUGAAUGAAAUAAAAAACAAAUCCGAAGCAAUAAAAAUCGAUACUGAAAAUUACGAUCUAAAUCGAGAUUUUCCCAAUUUUACGUACAAACCGUAUGCUCUAAAUAUCUCUGAAAACUCAGUGUCAUAUGCAAAUUGGCUAGAGCACACGCAAAAUCUAAAGAGAGAAACUGAAAACGAGCUGAGCGAUACUUAUACUUUGAGAGAAACUAUGCAUAUUACCAAAGAAAAGUCAAAACAUGACGUUAGAUUUCAACAAGAUGCAACGGAUUAUGCUUUGAGACGAAGAUCUUUUGCCUCUCGGAAAGCAAGAAAUGAACUUGAAUGGCAAAAUUUAAAGCUUAUAAAAGAAAUGGAAUAUUUACGUAAGCAAUUGGAAGAAUUGGAAAGUGCUUUGCGAGCAAAGACAGAUGACGUAAAAUGCGUUCAAACCAGAUUAGAAAAUCGAACCUAUCGUCCUGGCUUUGAGCUUUGCCAAGACGAUCCGGAACUCGGUUUGAAAGAUGAAUUAUUGACAUUACAGAAUACAAAAGAAGAACUUGCCAAAAAGAUUGAUAAUACUCAAUCAAAUUAUUUCGACUUGGAAAAACUUCUGGAUCGCGUUAAUAACGAUUUGAACAAUAAAAAACACUCUUUGACCACUGAUGUGAUGUGUUUAGAUAUGCGUACCACUUUAAUCAACAGAGACGGAAGUAGAGUAUGGAACGAAACUGAUAGAAAUAUUAUUCUAAGAGGUCUAAUUAAGGAACUUCCUUUAGAAGCAAAAAAGGCUUUCCAUGCAUAGUAGUCUUAUCGAAUGUUGUUUAUUUAUCGUAAUAUUUCUAUUGAUAUUUUAUUUGUCAUAUAAAAUGACGUGGAUAUACAUUUUUGUACUUAAGAGUAAAAAUUAAAAUAUAUUUAAAAUACAUUUUAC